GGCUCCUUGGGGGCGUUCCCUGGUGUUGUAGGUGGCUGAUGGGUACCGCUUGGCUGUGCUUUGGGAGGGAUAGGGGCCUUCCUGGGACUUUCAUGCACGGGUCCUGACUUCGUGCAGAGGAGUCCCGGUUCCUGAGACCCGACCUCAGCCGGAUAAGUCCCAGUGGUCUUCUGUUAACCCUGUGAAGAGUCCUUAGACUUCCAAAGGGAUCAUGACAACUGCUGGCUUACAGGACAUUUACACAUGAAUCCAUGUGACAUUUGAUUCUUCAGACCAGGAGGAAUAAAAUGUGUCUGUAAUUCUCAUCUUGUCUUUUUCAGCUCAACGUCAUUACAUGUACCUAAUACUGCUUCACGUCGCUCAUUCUGGAUAUGCUGCUGUUUUUUGCUUUGGGAUUGCUUGUACAUUUUGUGUUCUUCACCUCCAUCUUUGACAUUUAUUUUACAUCUCCUUUGGUUCAUGGAAUGACUCCUCAGUUUACACCAUUGCCUCCUCCAGCAAAAAGAUUAGUAUUAUUUGUUGCUGAUGGGCUGAGAGCGGAUGCUCUUUAUGAAUUAGAUGAAGAUGGUAACUCUAGAGCACCGUUUAUUAGGAACGUCAUAAUGCAUGAAGGCAGCUGGGGAGUAUCUCACACACGUGUGCCAACAGAAUCUCGCCCUGGCCAUGUAGCCCUAAUAGCUGGCUUUUAUGAGGAUGUCAGUGCAGUUGCCAAAGGAUGGAAAGAAAAUCCUGUCGAAUUUGACUCUCUUUUUAAUGAGAGCAAGUACACGUGGAGCUGGGGGAGUCCGGACAUCUUGCCUAUGUUUGCCAAAGGUGCUAGUGGUGACCAUGUUUAUACAUAUAGUUAUGAUGCUCAAAAAGAGGAUUUUGGUGCCCAUGAUGCCACAAAACUGGAUACCUGGGUUUUUGAUAAAGUUAAGGACUUCUUUGAUGCUGCGAGGAACAACCAGUCUUUGUUCUCAAAAGUGAAUGAGGAAAAGGUAGUAUUUUUCUUACAUUUAUUAGGAAUAGAUACAAAUGGACAUGCUCACCGACCAUCGUCAAGGGAAUAUAAGGACAAUAUUAAAAACGUUGAUGAUGGAGUGAAGGAAAUUGUGUCAAUAUUCAAGCAUUUUUAUGGUGAUGAUGGGAAAACAGCAUAUAUCUUUACCUCUGACCAUGGAAUGACAGACUGGGGUUCCCACGGUGCUGGUCAUCCUUCAGAGACUUUAACUCCUUUAGUGACUUGGGGAGCCGGGAUCAAAGUUCCUCAAAAAGUAUCAACUCAGCAAUUCGAUGACGAGUUUUUAAAAGAAUGGAGAUUGGAAAACUGGAAGAGGCGAGACGUUGAUCAGGCUGACAUUGCACCGCUGAUGGCGUCUCUUAUUGGAGUUCCCUUUCCUCUUAAUUCGGUGGGGACACUUCCUGUGGAUUAUCUUAACAACACUGGUCUCUUCAAAGCAGAGAGCAUGCUUACCAAUGCAGUACAGAUUCUUGAACAGUUCAAGGUGAAGAUGACUCAGAAAAAAGAAGUUACUUUGCCAUUUUUGUUUACACCAUUUAAGUUGCUCUCUGAUUCUCAGCAGCUGGAUAUUUUAAGAAAAGCAAGGUCUUAUAUAAAGCAAGAAAAAUUUGAUGAAGUAGUCUCCCUCUGCGAGGAGCUGAUUGAUCUCGCAUUGAAAGGAUUGUCCUAUUAUCACACUUACGAUAGAUUCUUUUUGGGCAUCAGUGUUGCUGUUGGUUUUGUGGGAUGGAUGUCUUAUGCUUCUUUGUUAAUCCUCAAGUCUCAUUCUAAUCUCACAAGAAGCGCUAGGAAGGAAGUUAAGAAGCCACACCGUCUUCUGCCAUGCAGCUUUGUAGCUAUUGGUGUUUUAGUGGCAUGCUUUCUGCUGAUCCAAGCCUGUCCCUGGACUUACUAUGUGUAUUGCUUGCUGCCGGUGCCGAUAUGGUAUGCAGUUCUAAGAGAAUAUCAAGUUAUUCAAGACCUGGUUGCCUCCCUGUUGACUUUUCCUCUGAGCCACUUUGUUGCCUGCUUGCUUGUCUUUAUCUUGGGAAUUGAAGUGCUGGUGUUCAGUUUCUUCUACCGCUACAUGCUGACAGCCGGACUGAUUGUGUUUGCUGGUUGGCCGUUUCUCACUCAGCUGUGGGCCCGAGCAAAGAUCACCUGCCUGAGUUGGGCUUUCUUCUCUUUGCUUCUGGCAGUGUUCCCACUGAUGCCUGUUGUGGGUAGAAAGCCAGACAUCUCUCUAGUCAUGGGUGCGGGCUUGCUGGUCCUUCUGCUGUCCCUGGCUAUUGUAACGACUCUCACGAAAAGAAAACCUCCUGUGGCGAAGGAGGAGCUGUUGGUGCUUCUGUUACAGAUGCUGAGUACAAUGUUUUCUAUGUAUGUUGUAUACAACACCCACCACAGUCUGCUAAAGAAAGAAGGCCUGCCUCUUAUGAAUCAGAUUGUGAGCUGGGCCACAUUAGCCUCCUCGUUGGUUGUGCCGUUCCUGAGUUCCACAGCUCUCUUUCAGCGACUCUCCAGCAUACUUCUUUCCUUGAUGCCAACCUACUUGCUUCUGAGCACAGGGUAUGAAGCUCUCUUUCCAUUAGUGUUGUCCUGCUUGAUGUUUGUCUGGAUACACAUGGAACAAGAGACCCUACAACAGCCUGGCGUUUCCUGUAAACAGAAGCUCGGCAGCAUUCAGUUCACCUGUAACACUGAUAUAGCUCAACUUCGACUGCUCAAUCUGGAUGACAUCCGCAGGGCCUUUUUCCUUGUUUUCUUUUUAGUGACUGCGUUUUUUGGAACUGGAAAUAUAGCUUCUAUUAAUAGCUUUGACCUUGCCUCUGUGUAUUGCUUUCUAACUGUGUUUAGUCCUUUCAUGAUGGGAGCUCUCAUGAUGUGGAAGAUUUUAAUUCCCUUUGUUCUUGUGAUGUGUGCUUUUGAAGCAGUUCAGAUAACUACACAGCUGUCAUCAAAGGGCCUUUUCCUCGUUGUUCUUGUCAUAUCAGACAUCAUGGCUUUGCAUUUUUUCUUCUUGGUCAAGGAUUCUGGCAGCUGGCUUGAUAUUGGAACCAGCAUCAGCCACUAUGUGAUUGUCAUGUGUAUCACCAUCUUUCUGGUAUUUCUUAAUGGCCUGGCACAAUUGCUCACAACAAAGAAACUCCAAUUGUAUGGCAAAUCCAAAAGGCAUCUCCUGUGACAUUAAUAAAACCAUCAGUGAACAUCUGCAUCCUGAGUCUCCUUAAAGAAAAAUCCCACCAAGGAAUCAAGAAGAUGGAUAUUGGACCAGAGAGAUGGCUCAGUGGGUAAAAGUACUUGUUGCACAAGGCUGACAAUAUGAGUUUUAUCCCUGGAAUCCACGGUGGAAGGAGAAAAAAGCUCCCAGAAGUUGUCCUUUGGCCUCCAUGUGCAUGCUACAUAGAAUAACAGGUUUCUGUAGGACAUUGCCAAGAAGCUUCUUUUCUCUCCAGGUUUUGCAGGAUUGAAAUAAUGAUUAUAUCUUAGAACAGUAUAAAGUAUCCUUCAUUUUCUUUUUUUUUUUUCUUAUUUUAUCUGGCACUUUUCUUGCAGUAAUGUUUGAGAACACCUGCCGCACUUUGCUCCUCACGGUGCAACUUCACAGACACCCAGAGGGGCUCGUGCCCCUGUGCGGUGGUACUGACACUCUCCAAAGUCAUCACAGUGGAGGGACUGAAUGGAAAUCACCUGUUAGAACAUAGACAGCUGUCAGCCCCAGCACUGGGCUGCUUUUGUGGGAGCUUUGACUGCCUGAGCAUGAGCUGAGUAAGACACGUGGGGCUGCAGUCUGGGGCUUUCUGAACCGCAGUGGAAAGCUCUCUGCUCAGCUUUGCCCUGUGUGUGUCCUCACUAAGUUGGCCUCUCUGUGCUGCUUCCAGGACUCUCACAGCCAAGAGCUUGAUGAAGCUCCAUCUUUACCUUCUGUCCAUUCCUGGGUCACCUUGGGAUUUCUGUGCACUCUAUGGCUUUGUUGGUUAUUGUUUCAAUGUCAGUCCCCAAAUCAAAGGCUGUAGUUUCAUGACAGUAUCAUAAAGACUCAAAUUUAAGUUGAUACUCUUUUUUUAGUCUUGAUAUUUUAACAAGACCAAAGACCUUCAGCCAUCGCACUAGAUUUAACUUUGCCUCUGUGUAUUCUAAUAAAUGAGGUAAUUUGAGAGUAAUUUUUAUUUGGGUUUCCCAUACAGGACCUAUAUUGUAGGGUGUCUAUAGAAUUCUGUUUAGUGCUUGGGUCAUAUUUUGCUGGUAUGAACCACAUUUUGAAAAACAACUGCUUUUGAUUCAAGUUAUACUAUUACUAGUCUGCUAUCAUGAGCAGAAAGCUCUCUACAAAUUACUAAAUUUUUCAAAUUGGAAGGUGAGCAAGCAUAAUUUAGAAAAGUAAGCUCAGCUGAGCAAAAUAUUCUUCCAUUUCUACUUAUGAUAAAGUCAUAAUUUAUUUGCCUCCUGAUAUGUCAGUGAAUGCUUUAUAGUAUAUUGAGAGAAAAGUGCUGGUCCUAAUGGAGGCUGUAGCAUCACUGUGUAGCAGUCUAGUUGGCAGCUAAGGAGCUGCAGCAGCAGUGCUAACACUGCCUUCCUAGACCCUCAGGUAACUUCUCAUCCCACUGUGUAAACACUUUCCAUUUACCUUUGUGAAAUUUGAUUUGCUUUCCUCUUCUGCAGAGGAAUUAAUGCAUUGUUAAAGGUUUAUUUUAAGUGUGUGCACACACAUGCAUACACAUGUGAACACAAGUGUCCUCAGAGUCUGUAAGAGGGUGUUGGAUCCUUGAAGCUGUAGUUACAGGUUGUGAGAUACCUCAGAUGGGUGCUGGGAACCAAACUCAGGUCCUUUACAGAUACUUUUACCUUCAAUAUGUUAAUAUACCUAAGAUAGCUAAGAAUAUGUGAUCAGUGUUUUAAUAGUCACUAUACUUGCUGAAGAUAAGUACUAUCUUCCAAGUUUGAAACAAGAAAAAUAAAAUUCAUUUUCUUUA